AUGAUGAUGCAGAGCUUGAUACGGCGGUGUCUGGGGAGGUCGCCCAUGCCUAGGAGGUUGGCGACGAGCUUGUGCCAGAAGAGGACGCUUGCUACGUCUGGAUUGAGUAUUCGAUGGGGAUCUGAAGAGCCUGUGCUCUACAAUGGCACCAUCCCAGAGCACUUUGCUUCAAUCGUCUCUGCUCACGGCGACCGUGAAGCUGUCAUCGCUCGAUCGCCAUCUCCAGCGGCGAUUGAGUCAACUCUCACUUACUAUGCUCUGGACUCGCUCUCCAAUGGCUUGGCUCACUCGCUGGCCUCUCUCGGCGUGAAAAAGGGCGAUCGAGUCGCCAUCUCCCUCGGCAACGGACCUGAGUUCGCUGCUCUCACGUAUGCGUGCUUCAAGCUCGGCGCCAUUCUUGUGCCGCUGAACCCAGGCUUCAAUGAGCGUCAGGUUGUUGCCGCGCUGAAGCAUCUUGCUGUUGAAACGCUCGUCAUGGGUGCUGUGACGGAUCUUGCCUAUAAACCUGGCAAGGGCCGCUGCAACGAACAUCUCCUACAGAGCGUUGUGGGCGAUCUUCAGUCUUCCACGAUCCAGAGCGAGGCGGUGCCCUCCCUGCGAAAGGUGGUAGUCGUUGACAACCUCAAGAGCCAUCCAGGCGUCAAGUUCGACCUCAAGGCGAGCAGAGCUCUCAUCCCUUACUCGUCUCUCCUCGACGGAUCAGUGAAGCCAGUUACGCCGAGCUCGCCCCUGGAUCCAAGCGAUACUAUCAACAUCCAGUUUACAUCCGGCACGACAUCCCUUCCCAAGGCGGCCAUGCUCUCGCACCGUGCUAUCCUCAACAACGGUGCCUUGAUCGCCGACCGCAUGGGUCUCGUCCCCGGAGACCUGAUUGUUGUGCCCCCUCCUCUAUUUCAUUGCUUUGGCUGCGUGCUGGGCUACAUGGCGACAGCAACGACAGGUGCAGCAAUCCUCUUCCCCAGCCCGGCAUUCGACCCAGACGCAACACUGCGUAUGUGCGUCGACCACGAUGCAACAGGCCUCUACGGCGUCAACACGAUGCUUGUCGCCGUUCUUGAGUCUCUUCACCGCGGCGACGUUGUCCCCCACGCACCCAAGAGUCUGCGCAAGGGCAUCGUCGCGGGAAGCAGCGUCCCCGAGUCCCUCAUGCGAACCCUCUACAACACACUCGGCUUAGAAGACCUCGUCAUCUGCUACGGCAUGACAGAGACAGCACCCGUGAGCUGCAUGACAAGCCCGUCUGACCCCUUCGAGAAGCGCACAUCGUCCGUCGGCCGCGUCAUGCCACACACUGGUCUCAAGAUUGUCGAUCCUCACGAUCACAGCCAGAUUGUACCCAUAGGUUCACGAGGAGAGCUUGCGGCGGCCGGGUACCUCGUCAUGAAGGGGUACUACGGCGACGAGGAGCGGACGGCCGAGGUGCGCAAGCCGGAUCCUGGUGACGGCAAGAUUUGGAUGUAUUCUGGAGAUGAGGCCGAGAUGGAUGCUGAUGGAUAUGUGCGCAUCACGGGGCGUAUCAAGGAUCUCAUCAUCCGUGGAGGAGAGAAUAUCCACCCCCUCGAAGUCGAGGACUGUCUCCUCGCUCAUGAGGGUGUCCGUGAGGCCAGUGUCGUAGGCGUUCCCGACGAUCGAUACGGUGAAGCCGUCGCAGCUUUCGUUAUACCGGCUACAGGAUGGACGCCAGCCGACCACGCAGAAGCUGAUGCCCCCGCCGAAGAGGGUGUCUUGACCAGAGACGGUCUCAGAGCAUGGGUCGCUACGAAGCUAUCCAAGCACCUUGCGCCCAAGUACGUCUUUUGGAUCGACGAGUAUCCCAAGACGGCCAGUGGAAAGGUUCAGAAGUUUAAACUGAGGGACUAUGCGAGAGAAUUGCUAGGCGAUGAAGAGGAGAAGAAGGCAGAGUGA